AUGUUAAAAUGUACAGCGGUUGGUAGUCCAAGCCCAAAAGUCUUGUGGGGAAAGGUGAACUCAGUGCUUCCUGUUGGACGUCACGUGGUAGAGUCUAAUGGUGCACUGAUUUUAAAGGAUGUUAGACCGGGGGAUGACGGAUUGUACAGCUGUAAGGCAGAAAAUUUGAUGGGACAAGUAAACGCCUCAGCAAAAUUAACUGUUCAGUUCUUCCCUAAACUUUUGCUAUCAUCCAGUCGAUUAAUGGCCGAAGAGAAACAAAACGUCACUAUUUCCUGCAAUGCUGUUGGUCAGCCGGGGCCAAGAAUCACGUGGUCUAAGUCAGUCGGGAGUUUGCCAGUAGACAGGACUGAAGUGAGGAAUGGAACAUUGAAGAUCUUCAGUUUGGUGAGAAAGGAUGGUGGAAUAUACAUCUGUAAGGCAGAGAAUAUUUUGGGAUCAGUAACAGACACUGCUCAUCUCAUGGUAUUUUCUCCUCUGAAGUUCAAAGUGCGUCCUCCUCAGGAGGUAAUUCCUCACGCUCUUGAUUCUUUAUAUUUGCCAUGUAUGGCCGAGAGUGACCUGAGACUUACAAUCACUUGGACAAAGGAUGGCAGGUCUUCCCUUCCUGUGGAGUCUAAUGUUCUACAGAAUGGAACACUGGUUAUAAACAACAUUGGGAAAUCACACGAAGGAUCUUACACCUGUAGAGCGACUAAUGCUCUGACAUCAAUAGAGGCCAAAGUCAAAAUCAACUCUCCCGUUGCAACGUCUUGUUCUGUGAUAAGAAAAUACAGCGGCAGCGCAAGUGGAAAUUACGUCAUUGAUCCAGAUGGCGUAGGGGGACUGGCACCUUUCACAGUUUACUGUGACAUGAGUGACAAGAAUGGGGUUGGCGUGACAGUCAUCAGUCACGACAGUGAAAGUAGAACGCACGUGAAUGGAUGUGAACCUCAUGGCUGUUAUUCACAUGACAUUCAUUACACUGGAGCGAGUCUGUCCCAGCUGGCGAGUCUCACCAGAGCCUCCUCACACUGUGAACAGUUCAUCAAAUAUGAAUGUCAUGGUUCAGUGCUAUUAGGAGGGCUGGGAGGAGGAUUCGCAUGGUGGGUGUCACGUGACUCUGCUAAGAUGACGUACUGGGGAGGAACAUCACCUGGAAGUAGUAAGUGCGCAUGCGGGAUGACCACCUCAUGCGCAGACUCCAGUUAUCCUUGUAACUGUGAUAAGAAUGACUUUGCAUGGCGGGAAGACAGCGGUCUCCUCACUGACAAGACACAUCUACCAGUGAAACAGCUCAGGUUUGGUGACGCAGGUGAUGGAGGAGAAGAAGGAUAUCACACUCUGGGAAAACUGAAAUGCUAUGGAAUAGCAUGAGCAGUUAACAUGAAAGCAGUUUUCAGUAAAAGAUUAGUCAAACCAAAUUUUAACUUCGUUGAAAUUUAGGCUUUUAAGAUAGACUGUUAAGACGCAUUAGGUGAAACAAUAUGUUCCUUUCUAACAUCUGAGUAAUUUUUUUUGAUACUGAAGUAUAUGACUGUAUUUUGCUUUUAACCACUCUAGUUUUUUGGACAUCGACUUAAUUUCGAUCAUUUUAAGUGCACUCCAAUUUACUCUAGUAAUUAUGGAGUUGUAAGAGCAGCAAUUGUCAUUGGACCCCAGUACGUUGACUGAAACUCCACCGGUAACAGCGGACUCGUUCUCUUAUCUCUACCCCACAGUCGGGUUUACCAACAAAGCCGAGUUGUGAGAGCGCGAGGAGUGAGGCGGGAAACUUGGAUAGUGUUUGCCAUAUCAACAAAGUCAACAAUGGAGGUCAUGAGUUACAAAUUGUCCGGCAGCAACCCUAAUAGUUACAGUCCUUUCCGUAAUUCAAGAAUUUAGUUUUCGUUUAUUGUCGUCAUUUUUAAUAGAGUGAUAUAACAAAUUCAUUACCUAGAAUUAAUGCACUUACCUCUACGUCUACGAGAAUAGGCGCAUGCGCGCAUGAGCAGGCGAAUAUACCCGUCUACAUUUUGCAUGAAAAAGCGUGUUGGGGCUAAAUCGUGCGCUUAAUCUACAUAUCAACCGUUUUAUUUUGUGAUAAAAUAAACAUGACAAUUUUGACCUCGGCAGAGA